AUGCCGUCAGACGAAGAGCUCAGGAGCGCAAUCCUCGAGCAUGUUGAGCAUGGAGGAUACCCAGAUUCCGAAGAUGUUGCUGCAGCGGAGCUUCCCCCGUCCGCUCUGCCCGGCUUGCUGGAAGCCAUUGCACGAGCCAAGGAGGACGUAAAGAGCGAGAUUCGAGAGAUCAGCCGAGAGGCCGCUCCAGACGUCGACGGCUGGAUCGCCCAAGCCAAGCAGCUGCAAGCAGACAUCGAACGCUCCCGAGCAACCGCCCACGAUAUAGUCCAGCAGGCCGAAACUGGCAAGGCCCUACGAGCGAGCGCCGGCGAUGCCUCCAGCAAAGUCGCCCUUCUCGAAAAGGAAUUGCAGUUCAAUGAGACGCUGUCCGCGACGCUGGAGCGGAUACGGAGCAUAUCCGGCAUACUUGACAAUGUGCAGGAUGCCGCUGUACAGGAACAGAUGCCUCAAGCCUUGGAACAACUUGACAAGGCGAAUGACGUCUUAGCACAUCUGGGCCCUUUCAAGACCACGAGAGUGGUUGAUCUGCUACAGGAACGUGCAGCACAGAUGACAGCGGCUAUCGUCGAGAUCGUCACAGAGUGCUGGGACGCUCUUUUGGCUGUUGACACUGCUGUGCGUCAGGUUACCAUCAAAGACGAAGUGCAGAGGGGCGAAGUUCAAAUCACUAUCAACGCUACUGUGGAGGCGCUCUCCAAGCUAAAUCUGCUUGACAAGUUUGCCAGCCGCUUUAGCCGCGAUUUCGAGAACACGAUCCUCUCUCCGCGCUUGUCGCCAGGCGAUUUCGGUGUCCCACAGAUCUUGAGCGAUGGCGAUGUUAUCCGAAUCUCUGGGCACAUGGGCGACACUAGUGUACCCGCGGCACUUAGUGACUUGCAAUACAUCAUCGAGUACUUGAGUACGAGGCUCCCGUCGUCUGUCUCGAUUCCACUGUCGGAAAAGCUCAUGCCGUCGGCAAUGUCUCGUCUCAUCUCCCGGUGGCUCGAGCCGUCCGUACCCACGACCUUGAACGGAUUACAAGACUUCCAGAACAUCCUGUCACAUGUGCUUAUCCUCGCAGAUACCACAGGCGAUCUGGGUUGGGCUGGCCGCGCUGAACUGAUAGACUGGGUGGACCGGGUUCCACGGACAUGGCUGGCCAAGCGGAAAGAAGCGGCUCUGGUUAACGUGCGUAGAGUGUGCUUCAGGGGCGUCCAGACCAGGAAGCAGGUCGAGAGAGUGGAGACUCAGACGAUCUCGCGCGGCGAUGCUCUGGCGGUAACGGGAAACGGGACCGACGAUGACUGGAAUGCUGGAUGGUCUGAUGAUGAAAGCAAACCAUCGACUGCACAUCCCGGUCCAGAGACGCAGAACGCAGAUGGCGAAGAGGAUGCAAGCGCGUGGGGUUUCGACGAUGAGGAACCUCAAGCAAGCAGUGAUACGCAGCAACAGAGGAGUAAAGGCGAUGACGCUGACGGCGCGGAUGAGGAAGCCUGGGGCUGGGGAGAUGAAGAUGCGAGCGCACAGGCUGCUCCCCCAUUACCAGCCCGCAAGCCCAAAGCACCGGUAGUUCACGACGGCGAGACACGGUCUCGAGCUGCUGAGAGGGAGCUCACGCUCAGAGAGCACUAUACGAUCACAGGAGUACCAAGUUCGAUCCUCGAGAUCAUUACUCAGGCGGUCUCAGACGCCGAAACCCUAGCGCAGCCAGAUUUCUCGGCCUCGCCCAUCGCACCCGCCGGCGCUGGCCUGUAUUCUAUACCCACGCUCGUCCUCGCGAUGUACCGAGCGACAGCAGCUUCCUGCUACUCCAAAGAUCCAGCCGGGAACAUGCUCAUAUACAACGACUGCACCCGACUCUCCGAAGAACUCACUGCGUUCCUCUCAGAACAGAAGCAAAGAGAUCAAUCAUCCGACCUACCGCCCUCCGCGCGCCCAUCCACCCGACUCCGCCUCGACCCCGACAUUGCGGCCAUAGAAAGCUUCGGCAAGCGCGCCUACGGCAAAGAAAUGGAGUCGCAGCGCACGAUCCUCCGCGACCUGCUCGACACGGCGCAGGGCUUCUCCAACAGCACUAUCCACCCUUUCGCAGCUGAGUGCGACAACGCGAUUUCCAUGACCGUCGACCGGAUCAGAGAAGUCAAUAGACAGUGGAAAGACGUGCUGUCCCGCUCAGCGCUGCUGCAGUCGCUCGGCUCGCUGCUCUCGACCGUGACAAACAAGAUGAUGAACGACAUCAAGGACAUGAGCGAUAUUUCCGAGGAAGAAUCGAAGCGACUUAAACGUUUCUGCGACGAAAUCAGCAAGCUCAGCGAGCUGUAUAUGCAGGAGCGGCCGGAUGGGGAGAAGGCGGAUAUGACAGGCGUGUAUACGCCGAAUUGGCUCAAAUUCCAGUAUCUGGCUGAGAUUCUGGAGAGCAGCCUUGCGGACAUCAAGUGGAUGUGGACGGAGGGGGAGUUGAAGUUGGAGUUUGAGGCUGAUGAGAUUAUCGAGCUUAUUGAGGCGUUGUUUGCGGAGAGUCCGCAUCGGAGGAGUGCUAUUGCGGAGAUUAGGAGGGCUUCGAGGGGGCGGUAG